AUGGAAGUGACGAGGCCCAGCUACGCAGCAACCGCAACAGCAGCUUCGGCCAACAAGGGCAACAUAAUUCCAGAGUCCAGCGUCGUCUCGACCACCGUACCUGGUGCUCCCCUCGGCGAAAAUCAAAUCGACUGUCCAGCCAAGGACUAUGACGACGAUUCGGACGAGCCGGAUUCGGGCAUUAUCACCAUCAAACCCCCUUCUCCUGCGUCCAUUGCCCAGCUCCCACCCCUAGAGGAGGAGUCGUCUGCCAAGAUGCCUCCUGGAAAGAGACUCCCUCCGCCGAAGAGGGACACGGAGGUCAGUGAGCUUCUAACUCUACCGCAGAGAAAUGAACUCGUGGCCCUGAUCACAACCAUAACGGAUGCCAUGAGGGACAACGUUACGCGGAGCUUCGACUUUCCCUCAAUAUUCCUCGCUGGAGACGCAAAUGCCCCGAAUGCGAAGGGUUUGAAGAUGCUCCCUCCUAUUUUCGACAUGAUGGGUCUUAAGAUUGAUCGCAUGGGUAAUGCUCGGCCAUCACCCAGAAGCCGCCACAAACGCAGCCAGGAUGCUGCUAAGCUCGCACCUCUUUUGCAUAAUGGGAUGAAACCCCUUACCCCAACCUUGGACAACCUCAAGAAAGAUGCCCUCACCAACGUUCGUCGUUGGCAAGCCGCCGUCACCAAGCGAGUAUCUGAGCUCGUGGUUGCGCGUACGGGACCCGGCACCCACCCUCAUCCCAGCGCUCCCAAUACCCUAGCAAAAACCGCCUUUAAGGGUGGCCCUAGCACAGCCAAGGCGGGCGCAGGACCAGGAGUUACAAGGCCUAUGAAGCAGCCUGAUGGCAUGUAUUCCAUAAGACUCAUCCAGUCACUUUCGUACUUCAGAACACUAACAAACCUAGAUUCGCAAUCCUCCACAAUCAUAGAUGCGGACGCUGUGCUCCAGCAGCUCUACGCCCCGGUAGUUACCGGCCUCUCGACUCUGCCAAUGGCAAAGAGACGCUUGAUCCUCCACUCAAUGCUGAUGCUUCUGCUCUCUCUCGACACUUAUACAGCAUAUUCAAGAAGUUUGAUGCUUUACCUUGCUACAUCUUUGCAGGUUCCCCCUCACAUGCUUGGUGGAGACGAGGUACGUGUCGCCAACGGACUGUCCCGCCUUGCUUUUGAUAUUUGCAUUGAGGAUUUGCAGAUUCCCAAGAGAGCCGAUGAAAAGAGGGAUAUGCGACGAAUGCGGGCAGAGACUGCGAAUGGAGGCCUGCUUCCACCCCUGGCAGCAGCCGGCUUCGGUUCGACCCAGGGCGGUGGUGCCAGCAUCAGCCCUGCCACUGCGAACGGCCUACUCGGGCCCAUGGCUUAUAACAACAUGGUGGUCGGCACCCUCUUCGGUAUUUACGGGACCCGAGGCGCCGGUAAGAUGAUCGAGUCCUACACCAAGGACGUGUCUGAUUUUGCAUUUUUGCCCCUUUACCCAACUUCAGAACCUGAGUUCAGGGGUGCGCGAGAGGUCGGUGUCGAGAAUCGCAGACUGCGAGCUGUCCUCUGCGUAAAUGGAUGGGUGACGCACAUCAAUGAGCUUACAGAGAUAUGGGAAGUAUUUGGUUCGCAAGGUGAAGUCUAUUCACUGCGGUGGGAGGCGGAUUUGCUCGUCAGCAUGGGCAAGGCGCUGGUGACAGUGGCACGUAGCAGGGCCUGGUCGGAAACAAAACGGGAUUUUGCUGCUCGCCAGAGUAGUUCUCCUCGUUCAACAGCUUUCCAGACGCUGAGCAACGCCACAGUAUACGCCAGCCUCGGCAACAAGACAUGGCUAGAGCAAUGGCCACCUUCUCUGCUCAAGCUCAGCAAGAUCGUCGACAACAUCUGGGGCAAUUGCAUGGUGAGGGCAGAUAAAACAGGCUCAGUGCUCGCAGAGGCUCUGAUGAAUCACGUCCAAGGCGAGCGCGGUGUCACUCUCGUUGGAUACAGUCUCGGCGCGCGGGUCAUCUACAACUGCCUGAUGACGUUAGCGGAGCGGCGCAUGCUGGGAAUCGUCGAGAACGUGGUUAUGAUGGGCGCACCAAUCCCAUCGGACAGUCGAGUAUGGUCUGUUCUCAGAAGUGCUGUUUCGGGUCGCUUGGUCAACGUCUACUCGGAGAACGACUAUAUGCUCGCCUUCUUGGUCCGACAUGGGUGCGUCCAGUUCGGUAUAGCAGGCCUGCAAUGCAUCGAAAAGCAGAACGGCGUGGAGAAUGUCAACGCCAGCGCAUUGAUCACCAAUCAUCUGCGGUACCAGUAUACAGUCGGCACUAUCCUUAAGAAUCUCGGCUGGGAAGACAUUGAUGGAGCGGUUGUCGUGGCUAAGGAAGAGGAGUUGAGGGUUCUGGAGGACAGUAUCUAUUAUGAUAACCGGAUGCAGAGGUACAAUGAUCAGCUCGCCACCAAGCAGAGGGAGGAGGCUGCGGUAAGGGAGGCUGCGGCCAAGCAGUCUGCAAUGGCCAAGGGGAAUGGUUCAACGGUGCCUUCGAACACACCCAAAAAGAAACAGCCGGCGAGUCGAAUUCCAGGUUCCAAGAACAGGAAGAAAAACUAA